AGGUAUCUUUUUUAUUUUCGAAGUAGAUAAAUUUAUUUAUUUAUGGAGAAAGAAUAAUUUUAAAACAAUUGUUGAAAAUGUUUUUUUUAAAUUACAAUUUCAUAAUUGGAGGUCAUCUGAUUACAAUUUGAAAAAUCUUUGUGCAUACAUAUUAUAAAGUGGUAAAUAGCAAGAGAACUGAGAAUGUAAUUAUAAAGAUGCAGUUAUAAAAGUUCACAAAUUAAUUCUCUUAAUUUUCUUUCUUUAUUUUUUUUUUGCAGGUGAAAAUUGGUCACUGAAAUAGUAGCGCCACACAGUGGUGAGAUCAUGGAAUUAAUCAUCUCACAUUACAUUAGGUUGAAUAAUUUUUAAUUUCUCGUAAACUACGUUCGAAAUUUGGAUCAAAUUUAUUCGUGAGAAUAAUUAGAAGUGGGGAUACACAAUUUCGGAUAUUAGUUUUUAUUUAAUCAAUUUUAGUUAUCGUGAUUCAAAAGACUUAAAAUGUUGGAAGAAAUAGCAAGCAGUUGGAUGAUCGGUCUGUAUUCGUUUCUCGAGAUUUCCCAAUUUACGCCAAAGGUUCCGAAUUUAUGGGAUAAAGAAUCAUUCAACGUGCAGCCUAUAAAUGGCACGAGAAUUAAAAGGUCCGACGUGUUGCUCGGAUAUUUAAUUAUGUUUUGGGUUGUUUUGUAUUUUAUGUACGAAAAGUGCCUUAAUUCGUUACUUCGACGUAUGCGCAUUCCAUUGAUGCAGAGAAACAGAAUAAUCAAAGCUGUAUGGGAAUGUGGAUUUUGCUUUGGCAGUAUUUGUUAUCUAAAGUCACCAACCAUUAAAACAUUAAGCUUCUUCACUGGAGAACAGGAAGUGACACAUGAGGAAUUGGGUGUUAUUCUACAUAAAAGCUUUUACUUUCAUCGGGCAGGAAUAGAGAUUUUAUGUCACGGAGCAUGGAUAAAAGGCUGGGUCAAUUUGUUGUUCGUGUCUUUCAUCAUGAACCCAUACCAAGAAAAAUGGUGUACAGUAGUGAGCACUUUUCUAUUCUACAAGGCAAUUGAUACCAUUAUAAUAAAUAUUUGUAGAAUCUUAUUAUGCGGCUCUCACAAUGCUGGAAGAAAAUUGUCCAAAUUAUUUUUUUACUUUCAUUGCCUUAGCUGGUUGGUGUGGUUUAGAUUUUUAGGAUGUGCAAAAGCUACGCAUUGGUUAGAAAUUUGUUUAUUUCCCUCGCCAACACGGGAAGCGAUUGAAUUGGCAGGAAUACAGAAACGACAUAGAGAAUCCUUAAAAAAGUUAGUUAACAAAACAUCAAAAAGGGCUGAACUUUGGCAGACUCUGUUCUGUAAGUAUUCAAAUGAAAUAUUUAUGCACUGACGUUAAUUGUGAUUUUUCAAAUGAAACCAGGUGCUAUGGCUAUUAAAAAAAAAAUUAAAAGAAUUCGACAAGCAAAGGAAAAUGAUUCCAUGUCAGAAGAUAAUUUUAUAGAAGGAAAAUUAAUUAAAACAGAAGGAACAAAAGAGAUAAAUGAAGAACAAAAAGAUGAGAUUAUAAAAUAUGAUCAAAUUGAAAAUGAAUAAAUUAUUUAGAUGAUUUACGAAUCAUCAAUUACAAACUCCAUUUAUAAAUGUUGAAAAAUGUUAAAAGAAACAAAAGCAUGCACAAAAUCUCUUAAUUUUUUAGUAUAAAAAUCAAAUUUAUUUAAGACUUUUAUAGAUACACACCUAUUUACGUAGAAAAUUCUGUUAUAUACUUACAAAUUAAGGAUGCAUUUCGCAAAUAACGAUAUCUCACUUAAUACUUAUGAGAUUAAUUAAAUCUUUUAAUAACGUUAGAAUCGAAUUUAUUUUGUUUAUAUUUAUACAAUUUUCAAUUUACUAUGAAUUUAAAUUCCGGUCUUUAAUGGUUAUUAUUAUCGAAUAAUAAUUUAAUAUAAAUUAAAUGUUUAAGAAAUAAUUUAAAGUGUUGUGAUAAUGCAACUAUAGUUACUUUUACAAUUUUAUCAUUUACUUUUUAAAUAUUAAGCUACAGGCACGAUAUGUUGACAAAGUAUGCCUUAAUAACGAUAGUUAUAUUUAUAUUUAUACUCGCCUUAAUAUUACUCGCUAUUAAUAUUGCCUUCAGUCGAUGUUGCGAGGUAUAUAUAUGAUAAUAGAGGAUAAUGUGAUAAACGAGUUUUUUUAUCUAUGGUAGAAAUUAAAAAUUGAAGACUGUGAGAUAAAGCAGCACACUUUGAAACAAUAAAAUUGUUAUUUGGAAAACAACUUAAUAUUCUCAAGGCUAGUUAUAUUCUAAAUGAUAUUCGAUGCUUAAUUUUUUUAUUUAAAAUAUAAAGAAAUACAUAAUUUUUUGUUCGUAUAUAAAUGUAAAUACAUGAAUUGCAGUAGAUACUGCAAAUGUAGAUACUGAUCCAGGAAUGUAAAAAGAUCAUUUAUAAUUUUUUAAUUUGAUAUUCAAUAACUGCAACUCCUUUAAUUGAAGUACAAGAAGGAAUAAUAGUUGUCUUUCAAAUUAUUUUGCUGGUAAUCAGAAUUAUUUAUAUAGAAAUUUAAAGAAAAAAAGAUUAUUAUAAUUAUAAUAGAUUAUGUAAAAGUUAAAAAUUGAGCAUAUAAACUUAAAUGUUAUUGAAACAAACUAGAGUAUCUUGUUCCUGUACGUAUCUUACUAAAAAGAAAGUAUUAUUUAAGUGACACGUUGUUCCUAGAUAUAUAAAGUUUUAUUUCCGAUCAUUUUGGACUGUGUCAAUAAAAUAUAGUACAUGUAUUUAGGCUGAAUUGUUCCACGAUGUUAUACAGUUCAAUUAAAAAUAUUAUAAACGAAUAUUCGAAUAAAAUUGUAUUCAAUAUACCGGCAGCGUUGUAUGCCUUGAUAAUAUCGUAUUCCUAAAAAUUGUUAAAAUAUUCGGUUUAGAAACUUAUACAUAAAAUGUUGUAUUAUACAAAUGCAUAAUACAUUCUUUUCAACUUGACAACAAUUAAUAAUAAAAUUAUUCAAGCGACCGUAUUUUUAUAUAUACCUGAAGGGAGUUUCUAUUCUUUUUCCAAAUAUGCAAAUACAUGUUUGCUUUUCGAUACAAUUAAAAAAUUAUUUC